AUGACGGCCUCGGACGAGUCUCGGCGCCUGGGCCACAACUUCGUGAGCACCGAGAUGCUCCUGGUUGGCAUCGUCGCCCAGGGGUCGGGGGCCUCGGGGCGGGCGAUGAAGAAGCUGGGCAUCACGGUCAAGGACGCCCGCAGGGCGACGGAGGAGCUUCUGGGGCGAGGAGGCGACUCGGUGAGCACGGACGUGCCGUUCACGCCGGCCGCGAAGCGGCUCCUCGCGGACAGCAUCAAGGAGGCGAAGAAGUUCGGCACCACCACGGUCGACACGUCGCACAUCCUCCUGACCAUCUUCGGGCAGAAGGAGGAGAGCGUGGUCAGCUUCUGUGAGAAGCUGAGCAUCGACCCGCAGAGGGUACCGGAGGAGAUCACGAUGGAGCUCGACCAGCUGCAGGCGGCGGCCGAGGGCGAGGAGGGCAUGCUCGCUCAGGGCGACGGGAAAAAGAAGAAGACGGGCGACUCGGCACUGCUGGAGUUCGGCAAGGACCUGACGGAGUUGGCCGCCGCGGGCGAGAUGGACCCGCUGGUCGGCCGCGAGGAGGAGAUCGAGCGGGCCAUCCAGAUCCUGGCGCGGCGGCAGAAAAACAACCCCGUGCUCAUCGGCGAGCCGGGCGUGGGCAAGACCGCGAUUGCCGAGGGGCUCGCGCUGAGGAUCGCGCAGGGCGCGGUGCCCGACAUGCUUGAGAACAAGCGCGUGAUCGAGUUGGACCUCGGGACGCUGCUUUCCGGCGCCAAGUACCGUGGCGAGUUCGAGGAGCGGCUCAAGAACAUCAUCACCGAGGUGCGGGAGAGCGGGGACGUCAUCCUCAUGAUUGACGAGAUCCACACACUGGUGGGCGCGGGCGGCGACGGCGGGGGCGCCAUGGACGCCGCCAACAUCCUGAAGCCAGCUAUGGCACGCGGGGACGUCCAGAUCAUGGGCGCCACCACGGUGGAGGAGUACCGCAAGUAUGUGGAGAAGGACAAGGCGUUGGAGCGUCGCUUCCAGCCUAUUCCCGUGCCCGAGCCGACCGUCGACCAGACGGUGCAGAUCCUGCGAGGCCUGGCGCGCAAGUACGAGUCGCACCACAAGCUUCGCUUCACCGACGAGGCGCUCUCCGCGUGCGUCAAGCUGUCCUCGCAGUACGUCCAGAACCGUUUCCUCCCAGACAAGGCCAUCGACGUGCUCGACGAGGCUGGCGCGCGCGUGCAGCUGAGGCAGCUGGCGAGGAUGCCGGAAGCCGCGAAGGAGGUCCGCGGGGAGAUCCGGGAGGUGCAGGAGCAGAAGGAGAAGGCCGUGCGCGCGCAGGACUACGCCGCCGCGGCCGAGCUGCGGGACAAGGAGACUGGGCUGCGGGCCCAGCUGAGGGACGUGCUGCAGGCCGAGGCGGCGGCGCCACGGGCAGAAGGCGAGGACGCGGCCACGGGCGCCGCCGAGGCGAAGGAGUGGCUUAGCAGCUGGGAGUCGCUCGUGGAGGAGCCCGUGGUGACCGAGGACGACGUCGCGAAGGUGGUCUCCGUGUGGACCGGUGUCCCCGUCGAGAAGGUGUCCUCGGACGAGUCGGCGCGCCUGGUGCAGCUGGAGGACACCCUCCACAACCGCGUUAUCGGCCAGGAGGAGGCCGUGACCGCCAUCUCCAAGGCCGUGCGCCGCGCUCGCGCGGGGCUGCAGAACCCGAACCGGCCCAUCGCGUCAUUCAUCUUCUGCGGGCCGACAGGCGUGGGCAAGACAGAGCUGUGCAAGGCCUUGGCCUCUGCCUACUUCGGCUCUGAGGAGGCGAUGAUCCGCCUGGACAUGAGUGAGUACAUGGAGAAGCACACGGUGGCCAAGCUCAUCGGCAGCCCGCCCGGCUAUGUUGGGUACGACGAGGAGAGCCAGCUCUGCGAUGGGGUCCGGCGAAGGCCAUACACCCUGGUCCUUUUCGACGAGUGCGAGAAGGCGCACCCCGAUGUAUUCAAUCUGAUGCUCCAGAUCCUGGAGGAUGGACGUCUGACGGACUCCAAGGGCCGGCUUGUGUCGUUCAAGAACACCCUGGUGAUCCUGACCUCCAACUGUGGUGCCAAGGAGAUCGAGAAGCUGAUGCUCGGUAACGGCGAGGUGGGGUUCUCGUCGGGCGAGACGCUGGACGGCCCCUCGAGCGGCGGCACGAGUACUUCGUUUUACCAGAACCUCAAGUCGAAGGUUAUCGACCAGCUCAGAGACUUCUUCAAGCCCGAGUUCCUCAACAGGCUGGACGAGGUGAUAGUGUUCAAGACUCUGUCGAAGCUUGAGGUCGGGGAAAUUGCGGAGCUCGAGUUCAAGAAAACAAUGAAGCGUUGCGACGAGAGGGGGAUCCGGUUGUCUCUGACAGAUCGCUUCAAGUCGCUGUGCGUCGACGAGGGGUACAACCCUGUGUACGGGGCUCGCCCGCUGCGCCGAGCCAUCAUGCGGCUCCUGGAGGACAAGCUGGGGCAGUGGGAAGAGGGGAGUGUUUUCGUUAUUCCACGGUGGAGGUCCUGCUGA